CUGACACAGAACUGUCCCCUCGUGACCCAGCCUGGAUUGGCGCUUGGUGGUUGGGUUUCCUCAUCAUUGCCAUCGUACUCUGGAUCGUUGCCAUACCAACGGCGAUGUUUCCUAAGCGGUUGCCAAGCGCGCCGGAGCGUCAGGACGCGAUGGUGGACGAAGCCACACGAAGACUAACACGGCUCUCACUAGAUGGCGCUGAUGAAAGUACGCUAGUCAAGAUACUGACCACCCAUCCUAAAGCUUUGGUUGACGCGUUGUUGAGACUUGUGAGAAACAAGACUUACAUGCUCGUCGUCAUAGCAACGAUCUUUGAUCUAUACGUCAUCGCUUGCUACUUCAUCUUCCUGCCGAAGUAUUUAGAAGCACAGUUUAACAUACCUGCUUACAAGGCCAGCAUGUACACAGGCACGAUCGGCAUGCUCUCUUCGUGUCUCGGCAUUGUAGGAGGCGGUUACUUCAUGAAGAGAGUGAAGGUGCAGCCAAAGGGAGGCAUCCUGAUGAUACUGACGGGAUGUGGGAUCGCCAUCAUCACGCUAACUAUCCUACUCUUCCUGGGAUGUGAUAACACGGCGUUCGCCGGGGGAAGAAUGACGGACGACGGGUAUGAUCUGGUCAUGCAAACUGUAGUUUGUCGUGCUUCCUGUGGACCGUACGAGCUAUUCACCGCUCUGCGGCGCAGAUGGAAUCCACAAUUUUCCGAUAUCCUGAAUGUCUACGAAGGUGCGAGUGCGCCAGUCUCCUGGUUGGGAGAUGGGGCUAAUGGUGUAGACGCAGAGGUGGUUGGUGGGUCUGGUGGUCCGGGGAACGUGGCGGGUCAUAACGCGUUUGAUCCGCUCGGCACGGAUUCCCAGGUAUUGGUUGACACAGGGUCGGACGGGGUUGAUGGCUCAGGAUUUUCUCGUUCUAGCCUCAAGACACAAGCGGUGAAGUUGGGGCAGGUGGUUGGCCCUCAGAUUGGUACUGGGGAAGUUACUGUUAAGCCACUGGUAGCUGGGCAAGCGAGGGACCGUUUGGGUGGUUUUGUGUUCUCUAACCCAGUGCCUCGUGCACCGGACGUGUGGUUUCCGCUAUGGUUCCUGAGCAUCUUUGAACAUCCGGAGCUCGUGGGAGGGCCAGGAUGA